CUCCAUCCCAAGCAGCACAUAGGUAGCUUACUUACAUCACUACUGCAACCUCCAACCAGCAAACACCGUUACCCUUUCUGCGUUUUGUCACUUUCGUGCAUCACAGUCUGCCUAAAGGGAAACUCGCCUUCCCAUUCAUUGGACAUUGAUUCAAGAUGGAAGGCCUCUUUUACAACGUCAAAUACGGCUAUAUUGAGGGUAUCGUCCGCGGCUAUCGGAAUGCUUUGCUCACGAGCCAGAACUACAACAACCUGACACAGUGCGAGACCAUUGAUGAUGUAAAGCUACAGCUUGCGCCAGCCUACGGCGACUUCCUCGCCUCCCUCCCACCCAAUCCAUCGACAUCCGCGCUUGCCAGUAAAACAACAGACAAACUCGUUGCAGAGUUUCGCUAUCUCCAGGCUAAUGCCACUGGUUCCCUCGCGAAAUUCAUGGAGUACCUUACUUACGGUUACAUGAUUGAUAACGUCGCCCUUUUAAUCACAGGCACACUGCACGAGCGCGAUACAAGGGAACUACUGGAGCGUUGCCAUCCACUUGGAUGGUUUGAAACAAUGCCUGUGUUGUGUGUCGCGACCAACAUAGAGGAACUGUACAACUCUGUCUUGAUCGAAACGCCCCUGGCACCGUACUUCAAGGGAUCCCUCAGCCACCAGGAUCUUGACGAAUUGAACAUCGAGAUUAUCCGUAAUACAUUGUAUAAGAACUAUCUCGAAGAUUUCUACCAGUGGGUAAACUCCGCAGAGGAGGUUGCGGGAACCCCUACUGCCGAAGUGAUGUCUGAGGUGCUGGAAUUCGAAGCGGACCGAAGGAGCAUCAACAUCACGCUUAACUCGUUUGGAACCGAACUUUCUAAGAAUGACCGAAAGAAGCUGUACCCGAACUUUGGUAGCCUACACCCGGAGGGCACUCUCAUGCUCUCAAGAGCAGAUGACGUGGAAGGAGUGCGUAUCGCUGUCGAGAGCGUAUCCGAUUACAAGUCCUUUUUCGACCAGACCGGAUUGAGCCAGGGUGGAAGUGGCGGCCUCGGUAACAUGGCAGGCGGUGCAGGUGGCGAGUCCCGGAGUCUGGAGGAUCUUUUCUACCAGAAGGAGAUGGAGAUAUCAAAGUUGGCCUUCACACGCCAAUUCACGCACGCUGUCGUGUAUGGGUGGGUAAAGUUGCGAGAACAGGAAAUUCGCAACAUCACCUGGAUAGCUGAAUGCAUCGCACAGAACCAGAAGGAGCGGAUUGGGAACUAUAUCAGUGUCUUUUAGAGACGGCGAAGCCCAAUGUACUCUAGCUUGUUCACAUCUAGUCAUUGCGGACUGCGUGGCGUUGGGAGUUUAACGUGUGUAUACUUGCAUCUUUCGUUCAGGAAUGAUAUAUCCUCUUGUAUAAUUGUUCAUCUACUUUCAUCCCGGCGUGCAAAAGAGUGUGGUUGUCUCAUGUGCUUCAUUUGUUUCAAGGAUCUACUCAUAUAUGACAAGAUCCAGAUUCUUGUUCGCAGAGGAUGGCUGGCUCAGCGUGCAGUGUUCUAACAGUAGCGCUCAAUCAGGUCUAGAGAUUCUCGAAUGUCG